GUAGCACUGACCGGCGUACGAUGCUCCGGCCAGAUCGCAGCCCCAGCCCUCGUGAGCAGUGUGCCGGGUUCGAGGAACCUUAAGAGACGUACCUCCUUUGGUGAUGGCGCGGGGCGGGGCCAGAGGUUGUCCGUGCUCGUCAGAGACAUCCGCUUCCGGGGCCACCGCCGACGGAUUGAGGGGCUCGGCAGGUCGGCCAGCCUGCGUUCGGUGUCUCAGCCCGCAAGCUACACUCCUUAAGAAUCAGCUACCCUUGCUUUGUCGUCGAUCUUCUCCGCCAAUCAUGCUGGAACAUCUGAGUUCGCUACCCACCCAGAUGGAUUACAAGGGCCAGAAGCUAGCUGAACAGAUGUUUCAGGGAAUUAUUCUUUCUUCUGCGGUCGUUGGGUUUAUCUACGGGUACGUGGCUGAACAGUUUGGGUGGACUGUCUACAUAGUUAUGGCCGGAUUUGCUUUCUCUUGUUUGCUGACACUUCCUCCAUGGCCUAUCUAUCGCCGACACCCCCUGAAGUGGUUACCUGUUCAAGACUCAGGCCCAGAAGACAAGAAAUCAUCGGGGGACAGAAAAAUGAAGAGACAUGCCAAAAAUAAUUGAUCGGCACUUUCAUGAUUCAAGUUGUAUUUUAACUUAUAACUGUUUUAUACCAUCUCUUCAUAAUCUUGUUAUGGAGAACAGGAAUAUAAGUAUACGAUGCUUCUUUCAGGUGUACAUGAUGAAUAAACACCUCAUAACUGCUA